AUGUUGGGUCGAGGAAGCGGAGGAUCAGGUAUUGGAUCUAAAAUCACAGGUCUUGGAUCUAAAAUCACAGGUCUUGGAUCACGGUUGGGAGGAGGUGGAGGUCUUGGAGGAGGUGGAGGUCUUGGAGGCUAUGGAGGCUAUGGAGGCUAUGAAGAAUAUGGAGGCGCUGGUCAGAAUGUGGUGACAAUCUUAGUUCCUUGGACACAACAAUUCGGUACGGCGUAUCAACAAUUCCUUGCUAUGGGCGCUGGAACUGGUGGUGGUUAUGGUGGUGGCUAUGGUGGUGGUUAUGGUGGUGGAGCUGGCUAUGGUGGUGGAGCUGGUUAUGGUGGUGGAGCUGGUUAUGGUGGAGGCAUACAAGGUCAGCCAUUUGGAUUUGGUAUGACAACAUCUUAUUAG